AUGGAAAACAGCAAAAAACUGGAUUAUGAAAAAGAGAAUUCGUUUGAACUUCCAUCUCUCAUCAGGUGUGCAUCAUCAAAUGAAGUGUCUGGCUUUGAUAACGCUGAGGAGAAUAGAUUUCUCAAUGAUAGGUAUCAACCAAGUGCGCUUCAGCUUACCAGUCCAUCAGCUCAAGGAAUUGAGACAGAUGCCUUAGAAUGCGCACUUGAUGAAUCUGAACCCCAAAUUCAUCAAAGUGUGCUUUCUGUUUCUAUUAGCAUGCCAACAUCAGCAAUUGAACUUCAUUUACAGGACACAAAAAGAAUGCUCUUCAGUGGUGAAACAAGUUUCAACAAUGGAAUUCCAGCUUCCUCUGCCACACUUAAAAGUGCUAGCAGCAGCACACUGCCCAAAGGAUUAAAGUUUCACCCUCAGCCAAUGCCAAAAAGCUCUGCAUUUGAAGAGACAACUAAAACUGGACAUUUCCCUGAUCAUCCAAGUAUUGAAAGGUUGAAAGAUAAGAGGUUUGAUACUUUCAAAACAUGGUCCCGGAAACUUGACAGGCAAAUAACACUUCUCGGUGGAAAGACACCAGGGGAAACUGAAUCAGAGAAUGUAAUUGUUCAAAUUGAAGAAGUAGAAUGUUUACCUGCAGACCGAUACUUCGAUGCAUUAGAAGGGCCAGAGCUAGACACCCUUAGGGCCUCAGAAGAAAUACUGCUUCCAGCAGACAAGCAGUGGCCAUUUCUUCUCCGAUAUCCAGUUUCUUCAUUUAGCAUCUGCCUCGGUGUUAGCAGCCAAGCUAUUUUGUGGAAAACCCUGUCUACCUCGGCCUCAAUGAAAUUUCUCCACUUGAGCUUAAUGACGAAUCUAGUACUUUGGUGCAUUUCAGUUGCUCUGAUAGCUAUUGUUGCUUUCAUCUACCUUCUAAAAUUGAGCCUUUACUUUGAAGCAGUUCGUCGUGAGUAUUACCAUCCAAUCCGUAUGAACUUCUUCUUUGCUCCCUGGAUAGUCCUCUUGUUCUUAGCUCUUGGAGUACCACCUUCAUUUGCUAACAAUUUGCAUCCAGCAAUUUGGUACAUCCUCAUGACCCCAAUUUUAGGCCUUGAGCUUAAAAUCUAUGGACAAUGGAUGUCAGGAGGCCAGCGUAGGCUUUCAAAGGUGGCUAAUCCCUUUAACCAUCUCGCUAUUGUUGGGAACUUUGUGGGGGCAUUGCUUGGGGCAUCAAUGGGACUCAAAGAAGGACCACUGUUCUUUUUUGCUGUUGGUUUGGCGCACUACAUAGUUUUAUUUGUAACGCUCUAUCAGCGACUUCCAACUAAUGAGACAGUGAUCCCAAAGGACCUCCAUCCUGUGUUCUUUCUGUUUGUUGCAGCACCAAGUGUAGCUUCCAUGGCAUGGGCAAAAAUCCAAGGCUCCUUUGAUUACAGUUCACGGAUUGCUUACUUCGUUGCCUUGUUCCUUUAUCUCUCACUGGCAAUCCGGGUUAACUUUUUCCGAGGAUUUAAGUUUUCUAUGGCAUGGUGGGUAUAUACUUUUCCAAUGACUGGUGCUGCCAGUGCAACCAUCAGGUACUCAAAUGAAGUCACAAAUGUGGUAACACAAGCUCUGGCUGUUACACUCUCUCUCAUUGCCACAAUCACAGUCAUUGCUCUUCUCAUAACAACCAUCUUGCAUGGCUUAGUACUCGGAAACCUCUUCCCCAAUGACAUUGCAAUUGCCAUCAGUGACAGAAAGCCAAACCCACAGACACAGAAGAAGUGGUUCCACCUACAUGGAAGCUCGGAAGCCAAAGACGUUGAAAAUUUCUUGAAGUCAGAAGAAACAACCUCAGAAAACAAAGAUUUAGAAGCCGCCAAGCCCACAGACUUUGAGUGACAACAGCUUGUAUGAUAUUAGGUCCGCCACUUGGACAUGGGAGGAACAUGUAGACAGAGUGCAACAUCAUACUAAUUUG